AUGAAAAUUAAACAUUACAACGUUAACUUUUUUAUAAUUAUCUUUCCAUCUCCACUUAGAGUAAAUCAAUUUCUUUCCUCCUGCAUGAAAAUUCCAGCUCACAUGCAUAGAUGUUUUUUUUUUUUUAAUCACCCACUUAACACUUCCUCUUUUGAGCAUCAAUAUAAACUAGGCAGAAAAUGCCUCCCCUGUCAGACCUGCUUCACCACCAAUCAUUUGAUCUCAGCUUCAACAUGGCACUGCGACCUUCUUUACUGCUGGCAGUCACUGCAGUCUGCUGCUUCACAAUCAUCAUUGCACUCCCAAUGGAUGGCUUUGCUACCGAAAAUAAGUGCAAGUGUCAGACCACCACUUCAUCUAGAAUCCCACCUCGGCUCUUCCAGAAGAUUGAGAUCCUGCCUGCAGGCGCACACUGCCGCAAGGCCGAGAUCAUAAUCACUAAAAAGGACAACCAAGCUGUUUGUUUACAUCCUGAAGCACGAUGGGUCAAAGAAAUGGUCUCAAAAAUUAUAAGCAAAAGAGCUGAAAGGGAAACUGCCAUGCCAACUGUGGCAUAAAUCAACACACACAAGACCAACCACAAGAAUGAUAUUUUCCAUUUUCUUAUCUUUCCCUUUGGUUUGCUCAGCCAACUCGAAUGUAUUGAAUGUUAUCUGUAUUUACUGUAUGAAUCACAAAUCUACAAAAUGUUGCUAUGAUACUGGAAUGUAUUCAAAAUCUGUCUACUGUUUUGAAAUAAAAAGCGCACAACCUUCUUUAAAA